CCUCACGUCACCUAGUAAUAUACAAGAUUAGAAAUAGUCAGAUAGAUUUAUCCGUACAUAUUGAUCUAGAAAAGACCAAUUCGGUAAUCAUAGAUACAGAAUCUAAAAUGUUUAAUUGCUUACAAACCCGUAGUUGUGUUAGUUGUAUAUAAAAGUAGAACAAAAAAGACAACUUUAAAAGAAAAGCAAGUCCAAUAGCAACCACAGUUUCUAAAUUAAGAAAAAAGAAAAUGUUUAUAGUAGUGGGUUUCAUUUCAUAGUUCACAUGUUGCUAAAACACUAACACCCCAUCUCCUGCAACUUUGAUUGCAACUUUUGUCAAUCCAACCCAUCAUUAAUUUCAGUCUGUUACCCAGAUUGGAUUUAAGUACUCAAUUCCUCCACUAUAAAUCAUCAACAUUACUUCUGAGGGAUUCAAUCUUGUGUGGGUUUUAAGGAAUUCUCAUUUAUCAUUCAAGGUAUGUUUGGUUUUUAGUGUUUUCGUUGGAAUUUUAAUCAAUUAAGCAUAUAAUUGGGGUAUGUUAUGUAGAAUGAGAAAGAACCCAUUCUAGAUAAGUUAUACAAGAGGAAGAAGAAUCAAGUCUCUAUCUUACUUUUCCGAGCUUUCAAAAUGAUGGGUUUUACUUUCUCAUUUGUGGUUUAGUUCCUGCUUUUAUUCUUUAUUCUACUCGAUCCUUGUGUGGGUGCUAUCUUUAUGCUUGGGAUGAUGAUGUAAAAAAGUCAUGUGCUUUUGAAUUUAUACUCAAAUAUUCGACAAGAUAAUGGUAAAUUUCACCUUUAUGAUUGGUAUUCAUGUUUGUGUUGGUCUUAAAUUCUAGUUUCAGUAUCUGUGCAUCAAGAACCUUAGGUAGAAUAUAGAUGAGGAAGAAUUGAUUAGUAGUGUACGGGGAAAUGUCUACAUCCAAAUCUACUAGGCCAACUAGUUCUAGGAGUGGUUCUACACAAUCCAGGCAGAUUGCUCGAAAAGCAGCACAGACUAGUGCCGAUGCAAAGCUUCAUACUGAUUAUGAAAAAUCCGAACAGACUUUCAAUUACUCUUCUUCAGUUGAUCUCAAUGUCUCAAAUGGUGAUAGCAACGUCCCUUCUUCUACUAUCUCUGCUUACCUCCAAAAGAUGCAGAGAAGUCAACUCAUACAGCCCUUUGGUUGUUUAAUUGCGGUCGAUGAGCAAAGCUUCACUGUUCUUGGCUACAGCGAGAAUGCAUCCGAGAUGUUGGAUUUGACACCACAUGCUGUUCCUAACAUUGAACAGAAAGACGCUCUCAGAAUUGGAGCUGAUGCUCGCACACUUUUCAGGUCUUCGAGCGCCGCAGCGUUGCAGAAAGCAACCAAUUUCGGAGAAGUGUCUCUUCUGAAUCCAGUAUUAGUACAUUGUAGAAGUUCAGGUAAGCCUUUUUAUGCUAUCAUACAUCGUAUAGCUGUGGGCUUUGUUAUCGAUUUAGAGCCAGUGAAUCCCGCUGAUGUGCCAAUUACUGCUGCUGGGGCAUUAAAAUCUUAUAAACUCGCAGCCAAAGCCAUCUCUAGGUUACAAUCUUUGCCCAGUGGAAAUAUCCCACUUUUGUGUGAUAUACUGGCUCGGGAAGUUAGGGAAUUGACUGGUUACGAUAGAGUAAUGGUGUAUAAAUUUCAUGAAGAUGAACAUGGGGAAGUGUUGUCUGAGUGCAAGAAAUCAGAUUUAGAACCUUAUCUUGGUCUGCAUUAUCCAGCUACUGAUAUUCCUCAAGCAUCAAGAUUCCUAUUCUUGAAAAACAAGGUUAGGAUGAUCUGUGAUUGUUCUGCUGCCCCUGUUAAAGUCAUCCAGGAUGAGAAAUUAGGUCAGCCGUUGAGUUUCUGUGGGUCUACACUUAGAGCUCCUCAUGGAUGUCAUGCACAGUACAUGGUAAAUAUGGGUUCUGUUGCAUCUCUUGUGAUGUCUGUCACGGUAAAUGAUGAUGAUGAUGAGAUGGAAACUGAGAAAGGAAAGGGUAGGAAGUUGUGGGGGUUGGUAGUCUGCCAUCACACAAGGUCUAGAUUUAUUCCAUUUCCCUUAAGGUACGCAUGUGAAUUCUUGGUACAAGUCUUUGGUAUACAACUAAAUAAAGAAGUAGAGUUGGGGGUUCAGAUGCGGGAGAAGCAUAUUUUGCGGACACAAACUAUGCUUUGUGAUAUGCUCCUCAGAGAUGCUCCGGUGGGGAUUGUUACUCAAUCGCCUAAUGUCAUGGACCUUGUGAAGUGUGACGGUGCAGCGUUGUUUUACAAGAACAAAUUUUGGUUACUAGGAACAACUCCAACUGAAGCAGAAAUACGAGAUAUAGUUAGAUGGCUUAUCGAGUACCAUGAUGGGACUACAGGUUUGAGUACCGAUAGCCUUAUGGAAGCUGGAUAUCCAGGUGCAUCAUCUAUUCGGAAUGAAGUUUGUGGAAUGGCCGCUAUUAACAUAAAUUCAGAAGAUUUCCUCUUCUGGUUCCGUUCACAAACGGCUAAAGAAAUCAAGUGGGGUGGUGCAAAACAUGACCCUGUUGAUAAUGAUGAUGGUAGGAAAUUGCACCCUAGAUCAUCAUUCAAAGCCUUUCUGGAAGUGGUUAAGUGGCGGAGUGUACCAUGGGAAGAUGUCGAGAUGGAUGCUAUUCAUUCUCUGCAGUUGAUACUAAGAGAGUCGCUGCAAAGUGGAGCAGUGAAUGAUGUCAGAACAAUUGUAACUGUACCAAUGGGGGUCGAUUCAAAGGUCCAAGGUAUGGAAGAACUUUGUACCGUCACAAAUGAAAUGGUUCGCCUUAUCGAAACAGCUUCAGUGCCAAUUUUUGCUGUUGAUUCUUCUGGUAAUGUGAAUGGAUGGAACUCCAAAGCAGCGGAAUUAACAGGAUUGGAUGUGCAGCAAGCUAUUGGGAAACCAUUAGCUCAUCUGGUGGAGGCUAAUUCUGUUGAAGUGGUUACAAACAUGCUCAACUUGUCUCUACGAGGCGAAGAAGAGAAAAACAUCGAAAUCAGACUCAAAUCAUUUGGAGAUCAAGCAAAUUAUGGUCCUGUAAUAUUGGUGGUUAAUGCAUGUUGUAGCAGGGAUAUACAGGAAAAUGUCAUAGGUGUGUGCUUUGUUGGACAAGAUUUAACAAGGCAGAAAAUGGUGAUGGACAAAUACACCCGUAUGCAAGGCGAUUAUGUGACUAUUGUACAGAAUCCAUCUGACCUGAUCCCUCCAAUAUUUAUGAUAGAUGAUUCUGGACGUUGCUCCGAGUGGAAUGAUUCCAUGCAGAAAUUAACAGGUUUAAAGAGAGAUGAAGCCAUCGACAAGAUACUUGCCGGGGAGGUGUUUGGUCUUCACAAAUUUGGUUGUCGAAUCAAAGAUGAAGAUACAUUGACUAAGCUCAGGAUAUUAUUGAAUGGUGUAAUUGCAGGGCAAGAUGGUGAGAAAGUGUUGUUUGGGUUCUUUGACAGGCAGGGUAAGCAUGUGGAUGCAUUACUUUCGGCCACUAAGAGGAUGGACGCCGAGGGUAAGAUUACGGGGGUUCUCUGCUUUUUACAUGUGACCCAGCCCGAUCUUCAACAUGCUUUACAGCUGCAGGGCAUGUCGGAAUAUGCUUCUGCAAAUAGCCUCCAGGAAUUGACGUAUAUUCGUCAAGAAAUCAAAAACCCACUUAAUGGGAUAAUGUUUACCCGAAGUUUAAUGGAGGCUUCUGAAUUGUCCAAAGAGCAUCAGCAACUUAUUAAGAGUAGCACUCUCUGUCAGGAACAAUUAGCGAUGAUACUAAGUGACGCUAAUUUGGAGAGUGUGGAAGAGUGCUACUUAGAGAUGAACAUUCUCGAGUUCAGUUUAGGAGAAGCGUUAGAAGCCGUCAUGAUUCAAGGAAGGCCUCUAUGUGAGGAGCGACAGUUGCAGUUCAUCCAGGAUUUGCCUGUGGAAGUAUCAUCCAUGUAUUUGUACGGGGACAAUUUAAGGCUACAGCAAAUCUUAUCGAACUUCUUAAUAAACACAAUUCGAUUCACUCCGGCAUCCAAGGAUUCAUCAGUCUUUUUUACGGUCAUUCCAAGAAAGCAACGUAUAGGGAAUGGAGUAUACGUUGUUCAUCUGGAAUUCCGGAUUGCUCAUUCAGCACCAGGGAUUCCCGAGGCAUUGAUUCAAGAGAUGUUCCACCACAGCCAGGGAGUUUCAAGGGAAGGUCUUGGAUUAUACAUAAGCCAAAAGCUAGUCAAUAUAAUGAAAGGCACUGUACAGUAUCUCAGGGAACCGCAAACAUCAUCAUUCAUUGUUUUUGUUGAGUUUCCUCUAGCUCGCCAGAUUGAACCCAGGUAGAUAUUUCAAAGUUAUGACCCAAUUAACCGAGAAAAUAUGCCCAACCAUACUCAAUACACUAUCCCGAGCCAUUGACAGUGUAACAACAGCUUUAAAGCACGGUAAAGUACAGCUAGAUGGGGCCAGAGAUGUAAGAUAUAUGUUGUUUGCUUAACAUUGGAAGAUAGGCCUUGCCUAACUCAACGUGAGGCCAGUUAGGCAUGUUUCAUUAGGCCAGUUAGGCAUGUUUCACUACUUGGUAAUGCAAGGCAACGGAAGUUACUAUCUAAUAGUUUGUACCUGUUCAUAUGCAAUCCCAUUUCGUUAUUGUUCCCUCAGUUUGUCUUCAUUAAGUUGCUUGAAUAUCAUUAGGCUUUUCUCUGUACCUGUUCCUCAUAGACCGUGGUCGGCAGUGUUGUUGUGGUCAAUUGUACCCAAAAGUAAAACCUAAGACGUGGUAACCAGUUCUUUCUGAAAAUGAAUUUAUCAGCGCUACUUCACAA